CAAUUGAACAGAAACUUUUCAACACUUACCUACAAAUGUAUUUUCGCUUCUCGCUUUAAUUCAGAUUUCCGAAGAAACAUUUUCACAAACAUUGGAAAGAGAAGCCUAUCAUUACUGUUCGAUUCAGCACAACAGCACUGUUAGGGGCAGUGGCUCAGCACGUUACCAAAGUUGUAAAAUAUCUCCGCUUGUAAAGCUGGCCCGCGUUGUUGCCGACUAAGCUGCAACAUUACCACCGCCGUCUGGCAGACGCCACCGCCCCACUCACAGAUUUUGCCCAACAUGUCACGUAGUGUGCGCGCCGAGACACGCAGUCGCGCUAAGGAUGAUAUCAAGCGCGUCAUGCAGGCCGUGGACAAGGUGCGGCACUGGGAAAAGAAGUGGGUGACCAUUAGCGAUACGACUAUGAAGAUCUACAAAUGGGUGCCCAUUUCGUCCAACAGCGAGAAAAAGACAAAGCUACAGCUAAACAACAAGAUCAGCGACAAGGAGAACUCCCAGAAAGGCACCCCCACUCCGCCGCAAAUAACGCCCAGCUACGCCGGCCUCACCGCCGAGGACUCCAAUACUUGUUUCUCAGUGGUGAGCGACAGUCAGGGAGCUGAUUUCGUCUCCAGCAUGCCCUUCUCGGAGGACUCCAAUUCCCAGGGCAGCGACGGGCCGGUGAAGCGCCUAAAAACGAGUGAUUAGCUAGACAUGCACAUUCACACCACAUAUAUCAGCUAAGUACAUUGCACACACCCAUGCAUUGUAGUGUGCCAGCGUGCUGUGAGUGUGUGUAUAUGUGUGUGUGUGUGCGUGUGGAUGUCGGUGUAAUUUAUAUUUUUUUCUUAAAGAUCUAAGCUAAAAAUUACGUUUAUAAGUAAGACGAUUAUCAUCUGCCUCACCAAGACUUAAGCAAUUCUCCUAAAAGUCUAAACAUAAGUUAAUACAACCUAAUGACAUACAUGUAACUAUGCAUAACUCUGAUUGUAAACAUAUAGAUAAUAGUAUAAUACACAUUUAUGAUGCAAUCCUUUAUGCACAUAGUUUAGCUUAAGACAGUCUUCUUGUAUACUGUAAAACUAACGCUGUCGCAAUCGAGCGAACUUUUUGUCCCUUAUGUCUAGGCCGUAGUAUUUAGCACAAAUAAUUAUAUCAAUUUAUUUAUUUGCACAAACAAUAAAACAAACAAACAAAAAGUAA